GUAGUCGCGGACUUUAGAGCGAAUAAGCCAUGUGACCAGGCCGGAUCUCCGUCAGAGGCUCCGAGCAGCCUGGAGGCGUGCCAGGAAAGGAUUAGGUUCUUGAUGACGAGCGGCGUGAUUACCCCGCAUACCCCGCAUUUAUAUACCCCUAUGCUAGGAUUCUCUGUUCUGCGAUAGCGUUAUGUCGACCCCCAAUCCUAUCACCAAGUUUGAGGCCAACCCGCCAACAUCCCGCACCUUCACCCGCCAACAAGAGCUCCCCAAAUUGCCCAUUCCGCCCUUGGAGGAGACCCUCAACAGAUAUCUCCGAGCGUUAGAAGGCCUACAAGAUCCAGAAGCCCACGAGACGACCAAGAAGUCCGUCGAAGAAUUUUUGAAUGGAGAAGGGCCUAUGAUCCAGGAACGCCUGAAGAAAUGGGCCGAGAGUAAAGCCAGCUACAUCGAGGACUUCUGGUAUGAGUCAUACCUAUCGCAUUCAGAUCCGGUUGUAUUAGCCUUAAAUCCAUUCUUCGUCUUGGAGAAUGACCCCACGCCGGAUCGGGGAUCGCAGCUCCCUCGCGCGGCCUCACUCAUUGUAUCCUCACUGGGUUUCAUUCAUGACCUUCGGGUAGGUAUGUUGGAGCCGGACACUAUCCGCGGAGUCCCUCUCGACAUGGACCAGUAUACGCGACUAUUCGGAAAUGCACGUAUACCGACCGAACGAGGUUGCAGAAUGGAAGUACACCCUGACUCACGGCAUCUAGUGGUUCUCCGACGUGGCCAAUUCUAUUGGUUCGAUGUUCUCGACAUGAUGAAUCGGCCAGUUUUGACCGAGCGAGAGAUUCUGCGCAAUUUGCAGGCCAUCGUACAGGAUGCUGACCAGCUGCCUACUCACGAGGUGGCUCGUAACUCCAUAGGAGUCUUGUCCACCGAAAAUCGCAAAGUGUGGUCUUCUCUACGAAAAGCGCUCAUCCGCAACCGCAACAAUGAGUCGUGUCUGGAAAUUAUCGACAAUGCUUUGUUUGUAGUCUGUCUAGACGAUGCUUCUCCCGACAACCUUGCGGAGUUGUGCAGCAACUUCCUGUGCGGAACGUACAACCUCUGGGGAGGUGUUCAAAUUGGAACUUGUACGAAUCGUUGGUACGACAAGCUCCAGAUCAUCGUAACAGCUGAUGGAGCUGCUGGUAUCAACUUUGAACACACCGGAGUGGAUGGUCAUACUGUGCUGAGGUACGCCGCGGACAUAUUCACUGAGGGGCUCAUGCUCCUCGCUCGCUCUAUUAACCCCACUGCACCUACCCUCUUCCACGCACCCCUUUCCCCCUACGCCAAGUCCUAUAAGCCACCCCGUGGUCACAAACACGGCCAAUCUGGCACCCUCACACCAGGCUAUAUCAUCGACACUGCACCGAAGAAGCUUGAAUGGGUCUUGUUCCCUGAGCUGCGAGCUGGAAUCCGAUUUGCUGAGACGAGGUUGAGUGACUUGAUAUGUCAGAAUGACUGUCAGGCGCUGGAGUUCAAGACCUAUGGCAAGAACUUCAUUACGAGUCAUGGAUUCAGUCCGGACGCGUUCAUACAAAUGGCGUUCCAGGCGGCAUAUUAUGGUCUCUACGGCCGUAUCGAGUGUACAUAUGAGCCGGCAAUGACGAAGAAUUUCCUCCACGGACGAACUGAGGCGAUACGGACGGUACAACCGCACAGUGUGGAGUUUGUCAAGACAUUUUUCUCAGAGGCACAGCCUACUCAAAAGAUCGCAGCAUUACGGCGAGCGUGCGAAGGGCAUGUCAAGCUUACAAAGGAAUGCAGUUCAGGAGUUGGUCAAGAUAGACAUCUUUAUGCCAUCUAUUGCUUGUUGCAACGCGAACGAGAGGCAUACGAGAAUGGCGAUCUUGAUUCUCCUCCUCGCUCACCGAUCUCAUCGACCUGUUCUAAUAGCUGCGAUCACAGACCACCGCUUCCCUCCCUGUUCACGGACCCCGGCUGGCAGACGUUGAGCACGUCGAUUCUGUCUACUUCAAAUUGUGGGAACCCCGCUCUGCGUUUGUUUGGAUUUGGGCCUGUGGCUGCUGAAGGAUUUGGUAUCGGGUAUAUCAUCAAGGACGAGGGUAUCUCUGUUGUCGCGUCGUCGAAGCACCUCCAAACGCGUCGGUUCCUUGACACUCUCAAGGGCUACUUGAUCGACGUACAGCGCACUCUUAUCCAACUUCACUUGUCUGCUAAUGAACGAUCGGAGCCUUUCGUUGACCAUGCUGGUGUCUUGCGAGAUGCCAAGACUGGUAGGCCGAUUCACGGUUCUCCUGAAAAGGAGCGUAUCGUGUUUGAACUCGAAGAUACCCUUCCUGGAUACUCGUUCUUUGACAGUGGUGACGUUGAAUUAUUGGGAAGACGUCGGAAAGCUCCAUCCUAUUAUAACACUGGAAAGGUCAUUCCGCUUGCCGAAUACUAAAAAAUUAUCCCAGAUCUCAGCAAUGUAUAUGAUAUGCAUUCGGACGGUGGAAGCGUUUCGUUAUCUCUAUGUAUAUGUAUUGUAUUCAGUUUCUGUGCGCAAUGUUUCUUGUACCACAAUAUGUACCUGUCUGGAUUUGUUUCGAUGACGACCCAUAUAUCUUGUUGUGCCGGAUGGCCAUGGGCCCAUGGUGUCAUUGCAUGUUAACGAAAGAAUGAUACGUUGUUACCUAUCGCCA